AUGGGGAACCUUCGUUUGCUUGGAUUUCUCGGUGCACUGAUUUGCCUCGUGGUUGCAUGCAGCGCCACCAUGUAUAUGGUCGGUGAUACCGGUGGUUGGGAUAUUAGUUCUAACCUCGAUUCAUGGGUGACGGGCAAGAGAUUCGUCGUUGGAGAUGUUCUUGUUGAUGAACUACUGAAGAAGCUUUUUGAUAUAGAUUGCCAUCAGCAUAAUAUUUAUCAGUUUACUUUUAACCAAUACCCUGUCAUCUUCUCCUAUUUUGCAGCAUUUCAAUUCUCAUCAUCAUCAGUAUGUGAGGUAACAAAACAAGAGUUUGAUAGUUGCAACACAAACAAUGCUCUGCUAAGAAGUACCACAGGAAACACAACCUUCCCUUUAACAAAACCAGGUGACAGGUACUUCGCUAAUUGCAACCGACUUUACUGUCUAGGAGGAAUGAAGCUUCACGUACACGUAGAACCAAACUCAACUACUGCGGCCACAACAGCGGGAGCACCUGAAGCUGCACUGGGUCCCGCAACCGCCGGUGCGGGUUUACUCCCGAGAACUUCGAAGAGCAAUCACCCUGUUCUUUCUUCUUCGGCCGGGUUUCUCAAAGUUGGCAAUGGUUUUUUCUUAUUUUUGCUUGGUUUUCUGGGCUUAUUAUCAAUUCUGGGUUGGGGUGUUAUUAUUUGA